AUGGGUUUUUGGGCUUCUAUGGUUGAUACAUCCUUGUUUGUGUACUACUCAAAAACCAUCACACUUUAUCUUCUCAUAUAUGUGGACGGCAUCCUACUUGUCGAGAACUCUAAGAAUGCCAUCAACUACUACAUUAUGGAGCUCUCUCGCCAUUUCUCCCUCAAGGAUCUGAGGCCUACUAACUUCUUUCUUGAUAUUGAGUUCAUUCGGCACCCUCAUGGGAUUCUUCUCAGUCAGCAACAAUACAUCACCGAUAUUCUUCAACGUGCUCAUAUGGAAUCUGCUAAACCCAUCUCUUCUCCUAUGGAAGUCAACACUAAACUUUCUCAAUAUAGUGGCCACCCUCUUGAUGAUCCUACUAAGUAUAGAAACAUCGUAGGUGUUGUCCAAUAUGUGGCCAUCACUCGUCUAGACAUCUCCUUUGCAGUUAGCAAAGCAUCUCAGUUUCUUCAGUCUCCAACAGAUGAACAUUGGAUGGUAGUUAAGCGGAUCUUGCGUUACCUUAAACACAUUGUCAUGCAUGGCCUGAACUUGUCUUGA